CCGCUACCUACGCAAUUGUCGUACAACACAUUAACUUGUUCUUCCUUUUUCUUUUCCCUUUUUGGCUAUGUCCACUCUCUAGUCUCUUCACGUGGGCUCCACCACCACCUCAUUUCCUCCCCUUCCAUUGAUUCAUAAUAUAGCCCUUCUCUAUAAAUAUCACUAAUCCCACUCCCAACAAUACUAACCAGCAACCCCUCAUUUUCUUUUUCUCUGUUUUCCCAAAAUGAAACAGAGCAUGGCUUCUCUUGCAUUUUCAGGCCCGUUGUUCCUUUUCCUUCUUUCAUUUUUCGUUUUUGCAGAUGCAUCGGGUACUGUGGGAAUAAACUACGGCAGAGUGGCAAACAAUUUGCCAUCGCCAGAAAAAGUUGUUGAACUUCUGAAAUCACAGGGAAUCAACCGUGUCAAGCUCUACGAUACAGACUCUACCGUUUUGACAGCACUUGCCAAUUCCGGGAUUACCGUCGUUGUUGCUCUCCCCAACGAGCUUCUUGCCUCUACAGCAGCAGAUCAAUCAUUUGCUGAUAACUGGGUUCAAGCCAAUAUCUCUCAGUAUCACCCUAAAACACAAAUUGAAGCCAUUGCUGUUGGUAAUGAAGUCUUUGUUGAUCCACAAAACACUACCAAAUACCUUGUCCCUGCAAUGAAAAAUGUUUAUAACUCUCUUGUUAAGUUUAACCUUUCUUCCAUUAAAAUCUCCUCUCCUAUAGCUUUAAGUUCAUUGCAGAGCUCAUAUCCAUCAUCUGCCGGAUCUUUCAAGCCCGAUUUGAUCGAACCCGUUAUGAAACCCAUGUUGGAGUUCUUACGUAAAACCGGGUCAUAUCUCAUGGUUAAUGCAUACCCCUUUUUUGCUUACGCUGCUAAUUCUAAAGAAAUCUCUUUAGACUAUACGUUGUUUAAGGAAAACCCGGGUGUUGUGGACUCGGGUAACGGGUUAAAAUAUUUUAGCCUUUUAGAGGCCCAACUCGACGCCGUUUUUGCUGCUAUGAAAGCUAUUCAAUACGACGACGUAAAGAUGGUUGUGACAGAGACUGGAUGGCCUUCAGUUGGCGGUGAGGAUGAAGUUGGCGCAAGUGAGGAGAAUGCGGCGUCGUAUAAUGGCAAUUUAGUGAAAAGAGUCUUGACAGGAAAUGGGACACCUUUAAGACCGCAGGACCCACUUAACGUUUAUUUGUUUGCUUUGUUUAAUGAGAAUCUAAAACCGGGUCCCACUUCUGAGAGAAAUUAUGGACUAUUUUACCCUAACGAAGAGAAAGUCUAUGAUAUUUCACUUACACAGAAAGAGCUAUCUACUCCGGGCAACCAAAACAAGAGUCAGGCUCCUCAGGCGAGUGGCGGCGGUGGAGAAGUGUCUAAGACGGCAGUCGGACAGACUUGGUGUGUGGCUAAUGGGAAAAUCGGAAAGGAAAAGCUUCAAGCAGGAAUUGAUUAUGCUUGUGGCGAAGGAGGGGCCGAUUGCCGUCCGAUCCAACAAGGUGCGACGUGUUAUAAUCCUAAUACAGUUGAGGCGCACGCAUCUUAUGCUUUCAACAGUUAUUAUCAAAAGAAGUCUCGAGCUGCUGGAACGUGUUAUUUUGGGGGUGCGGCUUAUGUGGUCACUCAACCUCCUAGGUAUGGAAAUUGCGAGUUCCCAACUGGGUACUGAUUAGACAAAGAAGAGGAGGAAGAUUCAUCAGUGAAUAUAUAUAUAUAUAUAUCAGCUAGAGAUUUCCCGCAUUCUUUUUACACUAGAAAGCUUUCUUUUGCUUUUUCAUUUUUCUGUAUCUAUCAUUUUAAAUAUAAUUAGAAAAAUUACUAUAUGAAUAUGAUUAGUAGUUAAGAUUGUUGUAAUUGGUCUGACUAUUUUGUUUUUCUCUAUAUUUUUAGUCCUCACUUAUGUUUAUUCCUCAAAUUAAUAAGAAUAUAAUUUAUUUUUUUAUUAA